AUGGCAGGCAAUAGUAGUCUUGGUCUAAAUCCUCAAGACUUUAACAUUGUCGAAGCUAGUAUCGGUGAUCAUCUAGAAGCUCUCGACGAACAACGGAUUACCAGCGUGGAUCUUGUCAUCAGCUGUUUGAAUCGCAUUGCCAAGUUCGACACUAUCCAAGGUCUGAAUGCCUUUACGGUAUUCAACGAGAAGGUCCUCCAAGAUGCAGCAGCUUCCGAUGCUCGGCGUGCCCAAGGUCUCAAGCCUCGACCUUUGGAAGGUAUACCUUAUACGAUCAAAGACAGCUACAAAGUUGCCGGCAUGACAGUCACAGAUGGCUCACCUGCUCUGAAAGGUGUCAUGUCAAGCGGCGACUCUGCAAUCGCUGAGAAGCUUCGAGCUGCGGGAGCGAUCUUGAUUGGAAAGACUAACAUGCCACCGAUGGCUGCGGGUGGUAUGCAGAGAGGCAUGUAUGGUCGUGCAGAGUCGCCGUAUAACUCAAAGUACCUCACUGGCGCCUUCUCAUCUGGGUCUUCAAAUGGUGCUGCAACGUCUGUGACGUCCAGCAUGGCAGUUUUCGGCAUGGGUAGCGAGACCGUCAGCAGCGGACGGAGUCCAGCGUCCAACAACGCCAUCGUAUGCUAUACGCCAUCGAAGGGACUCUUAUGCUGUCGCGGAUUAUGGCCUUUGUACAUCACAUGCGAUGUGCCAACUCCGUAUGCGCGAUCGGUGGACGACAUGUUGGAAAUACUGAAUGUCAUCGCUACUCCAGAUGAAGACACAUCAGGGGACUUCAUACGCGAACAAAAGCAUGUGCAGAUACCUCAGCCUCCUUCAAUCGAUUACACUACUCUGCGAAACGGCGAAGCGCUGCGAGGGAAGAGGGUUGGGGUGCCGAAGAUGUACAUUGGCCAGAAAGAUUCGGAUCCGUACGCAAAGCAUCCUUACGUCUCACCAGAGGUCGUCGCAAUAUGGCAACAGGCAGCGAAAGACAUUAAUUCCAUGGGGGCAGAGAUCGUCUACACCGAUUUCCCUCUAAUAACAAAUUACGAAAACGACUCCGUUUCGGGUGAAGCGAACAACGUCGAUGGACGUCCCGCGAACUGGAACCUCCUCGAGCGAGGCGUUCUUACCGCCCAAGCGUGGAACGCUUUUCUCGUAGACAACAAUGAUUCCAACAUCAAGUGCUUAGCCGACAUCAAAGAUCCUGCGAUGCUAUUCCCAAAGCCACCAGGCUACAAGCCGGAUCGCUUUCUCGAAGUGAGGAAUUGGAUUGAUUACCCCGGGCUGCCCAAGAUGGUCCAGGAUGGGAGUAUCCAUGACAUACAGGGUAUGGAGCAAGCUCUCAAAGCUCUUGAAGCUCAAAGGAAACGCGAUCUAGAAGAUUGGAUGGACAAAAAUGGGCUGGAUGUCGUUGCAUUUCCUGCGCAAGGCGAUGUCGGUCUCGCAGAUCUUGAAUUCGACAUUGACAGCACGACACAUAGUCUCCAGAAUGGCGUAAAAUACUCCAACGGUAAUCGCGCGAUCAGGCAUCUCGGUGUACCUACUAUGAGUGUACCCAUGGGUGUCAUUAGCGACAAAAACAUGCCUGUGAACAUCACAUUCGCUGGGAAGGCUUACGAAGAUACCAAGCUAUUGGAGUAUGCAUAUGCAUUUGAACGGGCGACCAAGAGACGUAUACCGCCUCCUCUUACCGCCCUACCCACCGAUAUCAUCCGAAAGGCAUUCUCCUCGCCACCCAAAAACGAGCCUCUUAUUGAGUCCGUUGCAGCUGUCUCCAACACUAUCUCGGGCCUCACUAUCCAAGUCUCCAUGGUCGCCUACGGUGGCUCUGACCAUCCAUCACCAGCAACGUCACUGGAGGUCAUCGUAGACGGGGAGGCGGUAUUUCACGAAAACGCCAACAAGUUGGAGUGGAACGUUUCGUUUGCAAAUGAAGUUCAGAGGCCGGAAGUCCUGGGGUGGGAUCUCAAGCCGUUGCAGAAGAGAGACAUCAUGGUCAUCGUGGUUGUGAAGAGGCAGUUGGAUGGGGAGGGCCUGCAGAGGGAUGCAAGGGUGCUUUGGGUACCUGUCGAUGAACUUGGUGAAGCGUCUGCUUGA